UUAUACACACUGGCUAAACUCUCGGGCGCCCCCCAGAGUCCGAUCCAGGUGGUGCCGGUGUCUGGGAGGAUUUACUUCCUGGGCAGGUCACAGGAGAAGGAGGAGGAUUCGGUGUUAGAUGGAGCCCCCGGUACAAGUGCAGAGCAGUGUCGAUCUGGGGGGUUACUGCCCUCCGGGCUCCUCCAGGAAGCGCCAGGUCCGGUUCGGGGCCCAUCAUGACAUCAUGCUGCUCCGUGAGGUCAUACGUCACAAUCCAUACGCGGUGCGGGAGUCCCGGCUGGCCUGGGCGUCGGUGGCGGAGAAGAUGAACAGCGCCUUGAGGGGAGAAGGCUUCGAGGUGGAUGGACGGCGGUGCCGGGAGCGGACAGCCCUUCUGCUCCAUUACUACAAGCGCCAGAACUUCACUGGCCUGCGCAGGUUUGGCACAGAGUCUCUCUACAUGGAGAAGGAAGAUUUGCUACAAGAAGUACUGGAACUGGAGUCAGACAAACAAGUAGCUGGGUCUGAGCAACACCACAGAUACUCUCCCCAGGACACCCUGGCGGUCACCAUCACUGAUGAGACACUGUGUAGAGUACAAGAGGAAGUGCUGGCUCCUCCAGUUAUGGAGACAAAGCAAGAAGAGGACAUAAUGGAGGAGAAGCUGAACAGGAAGCAGGAGUGUGAGGGAUGCUGCAAUGUGUAUGCACGAAUCCUGCAGCACCUUGAGAGGCGAGCAGAGGCGGAGCAACGUCUGCGGGAGGAGGAGCUGGCCCUGCGUAGGGAGGAGCUACAGCUGCAGAGGGAAAGAGCUGCUUUGGAGAGGGAUAGGCAGGAGGCAGAGAAUAGAGAAAGGGAGAGGAGAUUUGAGCUGGAGAGGGAGGAGCGACAAGUCAUAUUGGCUAUAUUAAGAGAGAGGAUGAUGAAGUGAGAUAAUAUUGGCAGAGAGAAGGAAAAUAGAAAGCAAAGGAAACUUUCUAGAGAGUGAGAAUUGAACCAGAGUGAUGUACAAAGCCGGGUGCCCCCAACCUGUUGCUAAAGUACCAUUCCCAGCAUCCAGGGACAACAUUACAGGGAAUAGCAAGUAAGGAAAAGUGAGAACAAUAGCUAGGGAUGCACCAGAUUUCUGUAUAAAGCAUUUUCCACCAAAAAAAAUACUGGUAGGAACAGUAAAACUUAACAUGUAAAUGAAAAUUUGAGCAGAGUUGUCUAUAACUGCACAUCUAUGCAAUCCUCAUCUGUUUUUGGCUGGGUUGUCUUCAACCCAGGGUUUGAAUUGCAAUAAUCCCAUUUGAUAAUUUGUUAUCCUGUGAUGUGUCCAGUCAGACAGCACUCAGAUACUGAGUAAAUAUUAGGAGUUCCUGCCAUAAAACAAGAAAGGAGAAAAACGAAGUAGGAACAGUAAUAUGAGUAGUUGGAAAUAUACUCCCCCACGCAAGCACCAAAAAUGACGCUAACUUGUUCAGAAGUGAAAUCACAAUUCCCAGAACUACAGAAUCACUUUACAUAGUAUUACACUAUGGUUUUAUAACCUGCUCUUAUGAACUAUUUAUACAUAAGUAUUAUGUCGGCAUAAACCAUGUAUUUCUGUAUAUCAUGUACCGACUCAAGCAGAAUUGCAGUUAACUGCCAUUAAAAUGUUUAUGUCCAGCCCACUGCUUCCUUGCCCAUCUCCCUGUUAGAUGCUAGCAAUGUGUUCCAGCCCAGCGCGCAAGUUAAAUAUGCCUAACCUGUAAACUGUCGUUAAAGUGUUUUGUUUCAGCCCACUGCAUUAGUUAUAGACUUCCUGCCCCACAUCUACAAUCUGACAUGCCAUCAGAAUACUGUAGUACAGCCCACACACUCCAGGCCCCUGCCCCUUUAAGAAGUUAUCAGUGCGCUCCAUCCCCAGUGCUUGAGUUAAAGAGUUCCUACACAUUGUAUUUGCUUCAUUGAAUUAUUAAAGGAGAACUAAUGGUAUAAUCACUGGGAGGUGCCAAAAAGCUAGCCCCCACUAAUUAUAAUUGCUUACAUGAUACCACAGGCAGAAAACUGAACUAGCCUGGGGUUUUUUUUUUUCUAGAAGCUCAUUUGCCACAAUCUUCUUCCUCUUCUGGCUUUUUUACUCCAGGCUUGGCCAGGCACUUGCACAGUAGAGUGAUAACCGGCAACUUUUUGUGUGUAUGUUCUGUUUUCACUUUACUGCAUAUUCACCUGUCUGGAAAAGAGAUGAAGUGAAGACAGAUGAUGGACUUUAACAGAUAUACCUUAGGCCGGUGCAGUUUUUAUCAAACGAGCACCGGGCCGGGGUUUUAAUCACUAAUAUUCACUAAUCACCUGCCAAGUGAUUAUACAAUUAGUUCUCCUUUAGUGCUAAUUUUAUCAUCGUAUCCGUUUGUAAGCAUCAGGUUUUACUGAUUUUGCUCUGCAGUGUUUCCAUUGUUCCUUGGUCACAACUUUCAAACCAUUCUUCUAUAAGGGCAAUGCCACAUGAGGCUGAAACUUGGCUUGUGGAAAACCACAGGCCAAGAAUCAGCUACUAUGCUACAGUUUGCCCCUUAUCAUGCCUGCACCGGGAACCAUUGCAUCGUCCCUGGUGCAGGCACCUGGGCCAAUGCAAUGGUUUUCAGCUCCAAAAGCUCCAAAAGCUCCACAAGUUUGCAUUUCCGCACAGAAAUCCACUGCACAGAAAUCCACUGUGUGUGCCUACUCCUGAUGCAAUAGUUCUGGGUGCAGGCACUAGCUUUAUAGUUUUCAUUCUUUAUAGUUUUGCUAGCCAAGUGCGAUGCCAUUGUGGCAAGGCCAGUGGAAUUAAUCUGCAAUGGAAGAGUGCAGUUAUAGCAGCAGCAGAAGAAUCCUUGUGAAUGUGCAAAUGCGCAUAGCCUGUACAGAGAGAUAUAGCAUGGGCAUUUUCCUGUGCUAAUCACAAUGCAGUAGGAUGGUUUUCAAAUAUAGUGGCUCUUUAGGCAAUAGGUAGAGCAGGAUAAUUAGUCUUGUUGGGGACUAGACUAGAACAUUCUGCAAUAAUUCCUGGAAGAGUAGCACUUUACCAUGUCAUUUAAACAGUGUAGUCCUGACUCUCAGUAGAACAUUCUGUUUUACAAUACAGUAUACAUGUGAUUCAGCUGCAGACUACAGUUAUCUGUAAUGUUAUCAGUUGGGGGGGUGUAACUAGUGAGAGACUAGAAUCCUUUUUUAAGAGGGGAAAUGUAUUGUUCUUAAAGCAUAUGUCCUUUUAUGCUUUUAUAGGCAUUUUCCUUCUGUUAUGCUGAAGAUCCAGAGCCCAAACCUAAACAAAAAUUCCACCUCUCUUUCUACCUGUAAACCCCUUAGUAAAAGCACCAACCACUUUCUAAUAUAAAUUUAUUUUUUUAAUAAACAUAUAUGAAAUAUUUUUAAUGUAGUGAACAUUUUAUAUAAAUAUAAUAUACUGGGUCUCCACUGAAUUAAACAAGUUUCAGCCAUGUUAAUAGUCAGCGGUGGGAUGGGAUUGGUUGAGACGGUAUCAGGAUUGACUGACUUGUUUGAGUUAUUGUUUUUAAUUUUAACUUAAAUAAAAAGUCUAAGAUA